AUGGCCCCCAAAGACACCAUCUUCUUCUGUCUCGUGCUCUGUCUUGGCCAGAGGAUUCAGGCACAGGAUGGGAACUUUCCCAUUCCUAUCAUAUCUGCUAUGCCCAGUUCUGUGGUUCCCUGGAAUGGGUCGGUGAAGAUCUUGUGCCAGGGAACCCUUGCAUCUUACCUGUACCAGCUGGAGAUCCUGGAAAACCUCACCUACAGAGUGGUGGAGAAGAAGUUGGGAUUUCAGGAGGUGGCGGAGUUCGUCAUUAACCACAUGGAUACAAACACCGCAGGGCGUUAUCAGUGCCGAUAUGGGAGAGAACACCGCUGGUCAGCGCCUAGUGCAGCCCUGGAGCUGGUGGUGACAGGCUUGUACGACAAACCCUUUCUCUCCACCGAUGGGGGCCAGGUGGCGAUGCCAGGGGAGAAUAUUUCCCUCCGGUGCAGUUCAGCACACAUGUCGUUCGACAGAUUUUCACUGAGCAGGCCGGGAGGGGCCACCCUGUCACGGCACCGAGAUGCAAGACUCCAGGGGGACUUCACUCUGGGUCCUGUGAACCUCAGCUUCUCAGGAGUCUAUACAUGCUAUGGCUGGCACAGCGGCCGCCCCUAUGUAUGGUCAGCCCCCAGCAAUGCCCUGGAGCUGGUGGUCACAGGUACCACGAGCCAAGAUCACACGACGGAGAACUGGAUUCGGAUGGGCAUGUCAGGGCUGGUCCUCAUAGUCCUCUUGGCCAUUCUGGCUGAAAAUCAGCUUGGCCCUCAGGUUAUACACCAGAAAGACCAGAAAGAUCUUCCUGACCUGAGCUGGAGUCGACAGAAAAGUCAGACAGAAUGGACCUUUAGACUAACUCCUAAGGACCACCAGGGAUACUCUUAG